AUGCUCGGAAAUCUCAUUGGUCGAACCAUUAGACUCGACUACCAUACCCUCAACCUCGAUCGUGCGAAGUUUGCCAGACUGGCUAUUGAAGUGGAUCUUUCCAAGCAAUUGGUGCCUCGGAUCUGGUUAGACGACGCUUGGCAGAAAGUGGAGUACGAAAACCUCCCCGAGGUUUGCUUCGACUGCGGAAGAAUUGGCCACUCGCCGGACCUCUGCUCCUUGAAAAAACCGGUGACACCUCCGGCAAUCUGUGCUACCGUCGGCGGCGACACACAGGCUGGUGCGGUGGAACAGAUGGCGGAGGAGCCUCAUCCGGGCUUUGGGCCCUGGAUGCUGGUCACCCGAAAAAAUCGCCGGAAUCAGAGGGAUCCCGCCAGCAUCAGAAAUGGAAAGUUGGAAGGGAAUCAUGGGCAUAACCCCGGCGGGAACAAGGCGAUUCUGGGAAAGAGCGGAACUCCUCCCAAAGAAAGAGUUUCCUCUUCUGAUCACCCCACUCCUUCCACAUUUGGCACCCAACAACGGUCGCCGAACCAGGAAAGGAAAGCGGUUACAGGGAGGAAAGGAGGAGAGGAAUCAAAGAAAGGAAAGGAGAAGAUGUCGCAGGAUUUAAAUGGGCACAGCAACGGGCAAGGAAAAGGUCUCCUCGGGUCUGGGCCAACAAAGCAACAGAGUGUGAAGAAUGGGCCGAAGCCCAACUCGGACCCUAACCUCGCAUCCACGUCGGCCCAACCCUCUGAGAAGAUUGAUGACAUGAGCAAGCUCAUUUCGACCCUCCUCCUCCCUGCUCCGCCCGCAGUCCAAACCCUGACCGGGCCCAAUGGGACCGUUAUGCAGAUUGUGAAGCCUCAGUCUGGACCGCUCACCAACCUCGCCGAUGUGGCCGCCUCAUCGCCGUCGGUUGCCUCCAGAACUAAGCGGAACAAGAAACAUAAGGCCGAUCAGCGCAGAUCCCCCACGAAGCUGAACCCCACGAAAAGCCUCCAAAUUUGGUCACCAAAAAAGGGUCCGCCGCGAAGCAAACGUCGUCCUCACCAGGAGCGCGGCAAGCGGCGGUCGUUGGGGAGGAUACCGCGCUGA